UCCCAAAUUGAGAUUUGUCGUCAACCACUUAAUACAUUUGCUCCGCUUUUCACUUGCUUGCAAGAAAUAGAGAGAGUAUAUUUAGGUACAUGAAUAUACUGAUGGGUGCAAUUGAUAGGAGUUGUGCCACAAAUCUGCGAGAACACCGACACUCACUGUCCUGAUUGUACCAUAGCUAAAGUUAUUGUCAAAUUCUAAUCUGCUAUCCACAAUUUUAGACAAAUAUUCAGUAAACUCGUGAUUAUAAGAAAUACAACUAUUUUGCAUAGGUUGUCGGGACACAACAUGGAAAAGGUUGGACUUAACUUCCUGACCAUCCUUCUCAUAAUUGUUGGUCUUAUCGCAUCCCCAACAUUUGCUACUUCAGAAAGCAGUGAGGAGAAAGACGAUAUUCCCGAAUUCAAGAAUUUCACUGGAAUGAAAAACGGAGGUUGUUACAUGACUUCGUGUGAAAGUUAUGUCCUCUGCAAGUGGAGUUAUAGCGAGGUUCUCGUAGACAAGCGCAAUUGUCCGUAUGGAAAAGAGCGGAAACUGUGUUGCAUCCCGACCCCUGGCUGCAUCGACACGCCAUGCAAACCACAUCACGUGGAAUGUCAAGACGGUCGGGUUGAGAUGAGCAGAGACGUGGUCAUCUGUGACAGCACUGCGCCCCCAAUGACCACGCUCCUCUGUUGCAACGAAGGCUACAAACCGCCCUGUUUUAACACGUCCUGCUCCUCUGGAGAAGGUGGCGAGUGUCCAGACGGGUAUGAAGAGGCGGAUCGCGGGGUGGGAGAGGAAUGGGGGUGCCCUUACAAGGGACGUUUUGUCUACGGGAAGAAGACGUGUUGUCUCACACCACCGAAAGAAAGCAGUGAGGAGGACGAUGAUGAUGAUGACGAGAGUGGCGUCUCAUCCGAUAAAAGUAGUAUGGUCCUGAUCGUAAUGGUUUGGUUGAUGGGGGCUGCUUAUAAUAUGCACUAGUGUAUUAUUUGUAGCAUAAAUGUUUGAGAAAGUGGCUCAAAUCUUACAAGAACACUUUAUUAGUGGUUUUGCUUAAAUGGGAAAAUUACCUGACAUACAUAAUUCGACGUUUUUAUGAAAAUGAAGGUAACCCGAUUUGCUUUAAUUGUUUGUUUCAGAAUGAAUAAAGAAUUCAAUUGGAUUGUAAAAUUAUACGCUAAUUAACUUUGUAAUAGCAUAGACAAUAAUUAAAUUUGAAUGAUGUUUCGUAAAGUUUAAGGCGAUUUGGAGUAAAAUAAAGUGAAAACAGAUGCGUUCAGAAA